UCUGGCUGUAUGGUGACAGAGGAAGGCUGUGGUUAUGUGUCUUCAGCACUGAAUUCCAACCCCUCACAUCUGAAAGAGCUGGAUCUGAGCUACAAUCACCCAGGAGAUUCAGGAGUCAAGCUGCUCUCUGAAAAACUGGAGGAUCGAAACUGCAAACUGGACAAACUCAAUGUGGAUCAUGGCGGAGAAUCCAGGAUUACAGCAGGACUAAAGAAAUAUGACUGUGCUCUCACACUGGAUCCAAACACAGCAAACACUCAACUCAUUCUGUCCGAGGAGAACAGAAUGGUGACAUGUUUGGACAAGAAACAGCCGUAUCCUGAUCAUCCAGACAGAUUUAAUGUUUAUCCUCAGGUGUUGUGUAGAGAGAGUGUGUGUGGACGCUGUUACUGGGAGAUUGAAUGGAGUGGAGAUGAUGGUGUGUAUAUAUCAGUGUCAUAUAAGAGCAUCAGCAGGAAGGGAGAUGGUGAUGAGUGUUGGUUUGGAUGUAAUGAUCAUUCCUGGAGUUUGAUCUGCUGUCCUGACAGAUACUCAUUCAGACACAAUGAGAUAGUGACUUGUCUCCCUGUAGAGCCUAUCAUUGGCAGUAGAAUAGGAGUGUAUGUGGAUCACAAUGCAGGAACUCUGUCCUUCUACACCGUCUCUCACACAAUGAGCCUCAUCCACACAGUCCAGAUCACAUUCACUCAGCCGCUCUAUCCUGGGUUUAAGGUUUAUUAUAAAUCAUCAGUGAAGCUGUGUUGAUGAAUCAGAAUAGAUUGAUGAGAGAUUCUACCCGUAAUGCUUUGAGCUGCA